AUGUCUUAUCACCAGAACCCCGAAGAAAUUGAUCCCAGCGUUGCAGGUUAUGAGCAGGCACACAGCUCAUCCGUUGAGCCUGUGCCGACUCCUGUGUCAGAGAGAUCACCAUCGCCACGACUUCUACAACCGCAACUCGACUCCCCGGCCCAAGCCGAAGAAGAUGGCUCAACAAGUGACACCAGCUCCAGUUUGAUAGCUCGUCAGCUCUCAAUCGAGGGACAAGAGGAAGAUCUCGAAGAGCAAGCACACAUAGAACUGGAGGCCCAGGGACGUGAAGCUGCCUGGCGCCAUCAUCCUCAACCCAUAUCUCCCAACCCACAACAACAGCAGACACCACCUAUGAUCAUCGGUGCACCGCUGGGGAGAAACCUGACAGUACUUGAAGCAACAAGUCGUCUUGUUUCUCAGUGGGAGGCAAUCUACCAGUCCACCCUCCAAUCAUCUCCUGAGGCCGCCUCUCCCAUCCUCGAAGAACUAACAGAAGCCCGCGACGUACUUGCUGCCCUCACAGCCGAGCAACAACAAGCCUACCCACCCUCUCUCUCGUCUUUCAAAGAAGAGACCCAGGACCCCAUCACAACGCCUCUAAACUCCCUCAACGCCUACAAAUCCGCCGCCGUAGCCUCCCGGAUCCAAUUCCUUACCGACUCCCUCGUGGACUCCCACUUCCCGCCCGAGCGUGCAAACAUCACCGCCGCCAUAUCUCUCUACCACACCGGCCGCAUCCCCUACUCCGCCAACUGGGCCCUUCUCUAUGCCGGCCACCUCGUCGACUUUGCCCCAAACUACGCCUCCUUCACCGCCGAUCGCCCGGCCCGCCUUGACCGCUACGCCCGCCUCUACGGCGAAGGAUGGCUCUGGAUCGAGCCGCCCCUGGCCCGCGAAGCCGGUGGGCCGAACUUCUUCUCCGCACGCAGGGGAACCUUUGUCCCGGAGACCGACACCUCAUAUGACAUGGGCCACUACAGCGUCACCAUGUCCUUCCGGCGGAUGAAGAGCCUAGUCUACCGUGGCGCUGCCGUGACAGACAUAUCACGGAAGAGGAAGCACGACCAUCUAGCUCAUAGCAGCGACGACGACGAAGGGAUACUAGGAGAUGAAGAACAAUGGCCGGCUCAAUUUCUCGAUGUAGACUCGCACGCAUUAGAUAGCGCACUCUGCUUCAAGUCGCCAAAGAUCCCCUCUUCCUCCGACCAUGACCCAGGUAUGCUAUCAACAACCCGCCUUCGCAGCAACCGCCCUUCGAGGCACCCACACAUGGCCCGCGACCACGCCGCGCCGACGCUGCACUACCGCCUGCUCCUCGACAGCGGCGCGACCCUGCCGAUGAUUUACGACCGGGACGCCCGCGCCCUCGGCAUCUGCCGCAAGACCUACGCCGCCGUCUCCCGCAUCAACGUGGAGACGGCCUCGGACGGGAUGGCGACGUGGCUGUACGAGAUGCAGGUCUCCGUCGUGGACACGCAGACGUGCGAGCCGCUCGUCUCGUCGACGUCGCCCGUCUGGCCCGCCGAGGAGCACGCCCUCGGCGGCGUGACGCUUGUCAUGACCCGCCCGUCGCCGAGGCUCAACGGGAUUGCCAGCUUCUCGUCGCCUUGCGGGGGCAUGGAUGCCGUUGCCAAGACGGUCGAGGGGAAGACGAUGAUGCUCGAGAAGGCAAAGGGUCUGGUUGAUCUGGCCGAGGGGCGCGACUACGGGCGUCUGUCUGGGCUUUUACCGUUCAAGGUGUGCUACGUGCAAGCAACCCCUGGGCUGCGCACCAUGUGGAUGGGCGAGGACCGUCGCGAUGUCCUCGGUGCGCAGCGGAUGCCCGGGCAGAUGCGCUGGGCGCCUGGAACUGGGAGGAUUUGCGAUCCAGGUCAUCCCAGAGGUUUAUGGAAGACUCUUUGCAGUGAUGAUGACGGCAAACCUGCACUGCUACGGAUGGCACACGAAAAGGCAGCGCUCAUGGACGGCGAGGAAGGGGCACGCAUGGUGGACGUCGAAGAGAAGGACUGGAAGGGGCGGAGUGAAGUCUUGGUUGUGGACAAGAACGGCAUAAGGAAGAAGCACGUCAUUGAGCCUAGGUUGUUGACUCAACAGCAACGGAAUAUGCAGCAGGUGAAGAAGCGGAAGACGGAUGUGUGA